AGGGGAAAAAAGAAAAUGGCAUACUUGUACCUUAAACAGGGGAAGAAUUACUCGCAAUCCCGGCCAAAUUAUCCAGAAGAAUUGUUCCACUUCAUUGCAUCCAAGACACCGCACCAUGACCUUGUCUGGGAUGCCGGCACUGGCAAUGGACAGGCAGCAUCAUCUCUAGCAAAGAUAUACAAGAAUGUGAUUGCCACGGAUACCAGCCAGAAACAGCUCGAAUUAGCUUCUAGGCUUCCAAAUGUGCAAUACAAGUGUACUUCUCCAACAAUGUCUGCUGAAGAGCUGGAAAGGGAUGUCGCAAAACAAGCCACCGUGGAUCUUGUGACUGUUGGCCAAGCCAUCCAUUGGUUUGAUCGUCCCAAGUUCUACCAGCAAGUGCAGUUGGUUCUAAAGAAGCCACAGGGAAUAAUAGCAGCAUGGUGCUAUACUACCCCACAAGUGAAUGCAAGAGUUGAUGCUGUUUUUAAUAAAUUUUACUUUGUUGAUUCUAGGCCUUACUGGCACCCUGGCAGAAACUUAAUUUACGACAAGUAUAAGAGCAUUGAAUUUCCAUUUUUGCCGGUGGAUGGAGCUGAGAACACAGGGCCAUUUGAAUUCAUGACUGAAAAAUUGAUGAGUUUGGAUGAGUUACUUGCUUAUGCAAAAUCAGGUUCGGCAUAUGAAACAGCACUGGAAAAAGGUGUGGAUCUCAUGAGUGAGAACAUGAUUGAGGAAUUUCGGUCUGCUUGGGCCGAAGAUGGCAACAAUCAGAAGGUUUCUAAGUUCCCUGUUUAUCUCAGGAUUGGUAAAGUCGGAAAAUGA